CUAGCUUUAGCCCUGCUUUUGGUCAGGUUUUAGUUUCUUCUGCUUCAGCUAUUCUUUUGAAAUUUAAUUAUUUCUUUUUUCUUUCUUUUUUUGUUUUUCACAUUUAAAUCAAUUGAUAUCUUAUAUUCAACUUAGAUAUACAAAAAAACAAAAAAAAACAACAGCAAAAGUAGUUAUAACAGUAAAAAUAAUAAUAAUAAUGUUUAGUAUUUUGUCGAAGAUUAAAAAUAUAUUAAGAAAGCAUGACAGAGAAGAAAAACCAACACAUAAUGAUAAAAACUCAUCAAAGCCUAUAUAUACCCUUGGCUAUCAUACAUUUGAAACACCUACUGACAAAAAUGAAGAACCGUUUAAUAACCUCAAUAUUUGUUCUGUAAUAGAUCUGCAUGAAUCAUCUUUAUUUAUUGAUUCUGAAAUACAUCCUAACUAUAAGCAUUCUUUUUUGAAAAUCAUUAGUCCAACUAGUCAAUCACAAAACCACUCUAUUCAAUAUAAUGAUUCUAAAAGUGUGUUUUCUUUUCCAUUCAAUUAUCCAAAUCACAAUUCAAUCUCUAGUACUGAUCAAAACAAAAACAAAAAUCAAAACCAAAAUUCAAGUUUUGAUUUACACAAAACUCACCAUUUUUCAAAUAAUCAAAGUGACAGUUUGAAAGAAACUUUAUCUGUAUAUUCAAAUACAAAUUCUUAUUUAACUACAAAUUCUUAUUUAAACACAAAUUCUCACUCAAAUACAGGCUCACUUUCCAACUCUUUUGUUGAUUAUGAACAAAAUUUAGUUUCAACAUCCGAUUUAGAUUCGAAUUUAAAUAGCAAUGAUCCUGAAUUUACUGAUUUUUCCGCUUUUGCCUUUGAAAAUUUUGUUCCUAUCACUAAUCCUACUCAACAAACAGUUACAGAUCUAUCCUCACAAUAUAAAAUUCUUAUUUCUUACUUUAAUCAUCCUAUAAUUAAAACUUGGAGAGAUACUGCUUCUAUACAAAAACUUAAAAAAAGAAGAAAUAGAAUAAAGGUUUUGUUAACAGACCAGUUUUCUAAUUUGGUUUUUGAUGUUAUCAAUGAAGUUCUCAACAAAUUGAAUUCCCCUGAUUUUAUGCAACAUAGAGAUGAUGACACUUUCAAAUCUAAUGAAAUCACUAAUAAUGUCAUUGUCAAUUCAUUGUUUGCAACUGAAAACAAUGAAAACAAAAUUUAUAUUAAAAGUCAAAUUAAUAAGGAUAAAGGUGAUGAAAAUAUUGAAGAAUUUAAAGGCAAAAGGCGAGAGGAAAAUCCAAAAGAAAAUGCUGAAAGAGAACUUGCUAGAUCAAAACUUUCUGUUCUAUCUCGUAAAAGAUUUAACGAAUUAGCUUUUGAUAUUUUGGUUGAUAUUAAACAAAGAGGUUUAUGUCAUUUAUCCGAUGAAUCAAUUCCCAAUGUGCAAACUAUUAAACAGUCUGAAAAACAAAGAAUCAAUCGUGUUCUUGAUGAUGAUAAUUACGGCAAAAAUAACAAAUACAGAGAUCUCUAUGAAGUCAAUCCUAAUCCAAUUCGUGAUUGUGAUGGAACAAAUAACGAAGUUUGUAAUAAUGAUGGUGACCAAACUACAUGCUAAAUAAGUUGCUCCCAAUCAAACCAUUUGGGUUUGUGAAAGUUGUCUAGUUGAAAUAUUUUAGAUUCAAUUGCAUCGAGAUUAACAAACUCGUCCAAUAACUUUGAGAAAUAGGCUAGAUUGAUUUUAUUAUUCUGGUCAUCUAAUUCAAUCAGAAAGUUUUCUUUG